AUGACUUACAACCUUAUAAGCGCUGGGGAAUUGACCACCCCACAUGAUUAUAAGUUUUUGCUUUGUAAUAUAAACUUCAACAAAGCUAUUCAGAUUUUAGAGAGCAAAAAGUCUAUAGUGUGCUCAAGAGACAACAAGCAAAGCAUGGAAAAAUAUAACACCAUUUUAAAAAAGUUCAGACAAAUGCAUCCUGUAAUAACCAUCGGAAGAAAGAGUUUAUAUCAACGAAUGAUAGAGACUCUGCACGCUUGGGUUACAUGGAUUAAGUCUUUUUUUAAGAAUAUUUUGGCAUUUUUGUUUAUGAAAGCACAUCAGAACAAUUCUUGGAUGGUUUGUAAAUAG